AUGGUGGGCCCGGGCCCCGGCGGCGGGGCGCCGCUGGAGAACGCCAACCCCCUCAUCUAUCGUCGUUCCGGGGAGCGGCCGGUGACAGCACAGGAGGAGGACGACGAGCUGCCUGACUCCAUCGAUGACCGGGAGAUCUUUGAUCUCAUUCGCUCCAUCAACGACCCCGAGCACCCCCUCACCCUGGAGGAGCUGAAUGUCGUGGAGCAAGUGCGAGUCAAAGUAAAUGAUGCAGAAAGCACAGUGGCAGUGGAGUUCACUCCCACCAUUCCUCACUGCAGCAUGGCCACCUUAAUUGGCCUCUCCAUCAAAGUGAAACUGCUCAGAUCUCUGCCUGAGAGAUUUAAGCUGGAUGUCCAUAUAACACCAGGAACACAUGCCUCUGAGCAUGCAGUUAACAAACAGCUUGCUGAUAAAGAACGUGUGGCAGCUGCCUUGGAGAACUCUCACUUGCUGGAAGUGGUCAAUCAGUGUUUGUCUGCUCGAUCAUAACUGCCCCUUGAGGAAGCCCUUGGGAUCCUGCCUAUGCUCAACUCAUUUUGUAUACAAGUGGUGAUGAUGGUGUUGCAAUGGACAUAAUCUGUCAGCAGAAUAAAAUCUCUUUGGAGU